GCGCGCAGAGCGACACCGGGAGCGCGACUCUGGAGCAGAUCAGAUUCAGGCAGCAGGUCGAUCAGUCGGUGAACCGGGCGGCCCCGAGUCCCGUAUAUUUUGAAAUAGAGAUUUGUUGGCGUCGUCGGCAGCAGUAGAAGUCGUCGAGCCCAUGGUGUUUGUGGAUAUCCCUCUUGUGGACUAAAAACGUGUGCACGGAAAGUUUUUAUUUCUGCAGCGCGUACAUAGAGGCGCACUCACUGAGGAACGGACAGGGUCACCAACCGACGCCGUCCACCAUGUCGGGGAACAGGGAGGAGGAGAGGAGAAAACUGGCUGACAUCAUCAACCACUGGAACGCCAACCGGCUCGACCUGUUCGAGAUCAGCCGUCCCACAGAGGACUUGGAGUUCCAUGGCGUGAUGAGGUUCUACUUCCAGGAUCGGGUUGCCGGCAACUUUGCCACCAAGUGCAUCAGAGUUUCCAGCACAGCCACAACGCAGGACGUCAUCGAGACGUUAGCGGAGAAGUUCAGACCAGACAUGAGGAUGCUGUCAUCGCCAAAAUACUCUCUGUACGAAGUUCACGUCAGUGGAGCAGAGCGUCAGCUGGACCUGGAUGAGAAGCCUCUCGUCGUUCAGUUGAACUGGAACAAAGACGACAGAGAGGGGCGGUUCGUCCUGAAGAACGAGAACGACAUCCUGCCCAAGAAGAGCCAAAGUAAUGGACCAGAGAAGGAGAAGGAUGGAGUUAUUCAGAAUUUCAAAAGAACUUUGUCCAAGAAGGAGAAGAAGAAGGAAAAGAAGAGAGAAAAGGAGUUUGCCCGAGUCCCUGAUGGAGAUGAGCAAACACUCAGCCGGGAGGACGGAGAAAACCGGCUGGCAGCAGAGGUCUACAAGGACAUGCCUGAGACCAGCUUCACCAGGACCAUCUCCAACCCGGAGGUGGUGAUGAAGAGGAGACGUCAGCAGAAGCUGGAGAAACGCAUGCAGGAGUUCAUGAGCAGUGAUGGGAGGCCAGACUCAGGAGGGACUUUGCGGAUUUACGCCGACAGCUUGAAGCCCAACAUCCCAUACAAGACCAUCCUGUUGUCCACCAGAGACACGGCCGACUUUGCUGUCGUGGAGGCGCUGGAGAAGUAUGGACUGGAGAAGGAAAACCCCAGAGAGUACUGCAUCGCCAGGCAGGACGAUAAAUCAGGGAAGGACGUGAUUUUGGACGACUGUGAGUGUCCGCUGCAGAUCUUCAGAGACUGGCCCACAGACAGAGGGGCGCGGGUGUUCCAGCUGAAGAAGAGACCUCCUGACUACCAGGCGAGGAAGGGAAGGAAGUUGGAUGACAAGGGAAUCAGAGCCAAGGAUGGUAGCACUUUACUGCCGCCCGAGAAACUGCCUUAUCUGGUGGAGCUGAGCCCAGGGAGAGGGAAUCACUAUGCCUACUACGCUUAUCGGCACCAUGAAGACGGCUCAGACUCCAGGGACAAACCAAAGCUUUACCGCCUUCAGCACAGCAUCACUGAGGUCGGCUCAGACUGUACAGAUGACGGAGCCAUUCAGCUGCUAGGUCCAGGGAUCCUCCCACAUCACUGUAACCUGAUGCACAGCGAGGGCAUGGUGACUGUGACGCCGCACGGACCCGACGCCGACACCUUUGUUGACGGCCAACGCAUCUCUGAGACAACGGUGCUGCGUCCAGGCUCCACCCUGCAGUUCGGUUCGGCUCACGUCUUUAAAUUUGUGGAUCCGAUGUUUGACCAGGGAGGGAAGAGAGAUCCGACCGCCAUGAUGAGGAGCCGACACAAGGGAAGUGUACCAGAAACCACCUUUGACCUUCAAGGGGACGUCCACAGUGGCGCUGCGCUGCCAACCAGCAAGAGCUCAGGAAAGCUGGAAAUGGAGAGAGGAAUGGUCAAACCCAUGAUCCGAGGAGAGCAGCAGGACAGCAGGUCUCAGGACAUGUCAGGGGACAGGACGGAGCUGACUCUCCCUGCCAGCAUCGAAUUCAGAGACAACUCUGAAGACACCUUCCUGUCAGCCAUCAUCAACUACACCAACAGCUCCACGGUCCACUUCAAACUCUCCCCCACCUAUGUCCUGUACAUGGCCUGUCGCUUUGUCCUGUCUCCGUCCUACCGGCCGGACAUGUCUCCUUCAGAGCGGACGCACAAAGUCAUCGCCAUCGUCAACAAGAUGGUGAGCAUGAUGGAGGGAGUCAUCCAGGAGAUUCGUGAUGAGGAUCAGAAGCAGAAGAACAUCGCAGGAGCGCUGGCUUUCUGGAUGGCCAACGCCUCCGAGCUCCUGAACUUCAUCAAACAGGACCGAGACCUGAGCCGGAUCUCACUGGACGCACAGGACAUCCUGGCACAUCUGGUCCAGAUGGCCUUCAAGUACCUGGUCCACUGUCUCCAGGCUGAUUUAAACAACUAUAUGCCAGCCUUCCUGGACGACCCUGAGGAACACAGUCCACAGAGACCUAAGAUAGAGGACGUCCUGCACACUCUGACGGGGGCCAUGUCUCUGCUGCGACGAUGUCGGGUCAACGCCGCCCUGACCAUCCAGCUCUUUUCGCAGCUUUUUCACUUCAUCAACAUGUGGCUCUUCAACAAGCUGGUGACGGACAAAGACUCGGGCCUGUGCUGCCACUACUGGGGCGCCAUCCUGCGGCAGCAGCUGAGCCACAUCGAGGCCUGGGCGGAGAAGCAGGGGCUGGAGCUGGCCGCCGACUGUCACCUCAGUCGAAUUGUUCAGGCCACCACUCUGCUCACCAUGGACAAGUACUCCAUGCAGGACGUGCAGAACGUCCACAACACCUGCUUCAAGCUCAACUCCCUGCAGCUGCAUGCACUCAUGACCAACUACCACUGUGCUCCUGAUGAGCCGUACAUUCCUCCUGAGCUGAUUGACCACGUGGUGGCAGUAGCUGAAAACACAGCCGACGAGCUGGCGAGGAGUGACGGGCGGGAGGUCCAGCUGGAGGAGGACCCUGACCUCCAGCUGCCCUUCCUCCUGCCGGAGGACGGCUACUCCUGUGACGUGGUGCGCAGCCUCCCCAACGGCCUGCAGGACUUCCUGGAUCCACUGCUACAGAGAGGUUUCUGUCGGUUGCUGCCUCACCCCCGCUCUCCUGGUACCUGGACUGUGCACUUUGAAGGAGCCGACUGCGACAGCCACUUCUCCUCAGUGGAAAACUCUGAGAUGCCAAUGAGGAAAGAGCCGGAGGUCGUCACGGUAACCCUGAAGAAGCACAAUGGCAUGGGCCUCAGCAUCGUGGCCGCCAAGGGUGCUGGUCAGGAGAAGCUGGGCAUCUACAUCAAGUCUGUGGUCAAAGGCGGAGCCGCUGACAUGGACGGCCGGUUGGCUGCAGGAGACCAGUUACUAAGUGUGGACGGUCGCAGUCUGGUCGGCCUGUCGCAAGAGAGGGCGGCAGAGUUGAUGACGAGGACGGGCUCGGUGGUGACCCUGGAGGUCGCCAAACAGGGCGCCAUCUACCACGGACUGGCCACGCUUCUCAACCAGCCCAGUCCCAUGAUGCAGAGAGCAUCAGACCGAGGCCGUGAGAAGAACGGCAAAAUGCGACCGAAAAGUGAAGGCUUCGAGUUGUACAACAACACGGUGCAGAAUGGUUCCCCUGAGAGUCCACAGCCCAGCUGGGACUGCUACCCCGAACCAAAGAAGAUGAGCAGUGAGGACCGGCUCCUGAAGAACCGAGCCGAUCACCGCUCCAGCCCCAACGUAGCCAAUCAGGGUCAGAGUCCUGCAGGGAAGGCAGUUUAUCCUGGAGGACCUGGCACUAAGAUCACCUCCGUCUCCACAGGAAACCUGUGUGCAGACGACGAACCCUCACCUCCUCGUCCAGAGGCCUAUCCCAUCCCCACGCAGACCUACUCCAGAGACUACUUCACUGUCCCGGCCUCCAAGAGCCAGGACCGUGUGGUAGGUCCAGGUCAGCCGCCACCACAGCAAUGGCAGGGUGUGGAUGAACGAGAGCAGCUCCCUGUGGUUGAGAAUAUUCACAACAGCAUGCAGCGAGUAAAUCACUCCCAGGAGGACCUGUAUCCUCCACCAGGGGGCAUGAGACUGGAUGAGCGCAUGCAGCCUCUCUACCAGCAGGACUUCCAGCAUCGGGACAUGGACUACCAACACAGAGAUAUGGACUACCAGAGAGGUCCACCAGGAGGAGGUUCUGACCACUGGGCCCCCCAGUCUCAGAUUCCUUCUUCACUGGAGUCGUCCACGUCCAGCCAGGAACACCUCAACUUCUCCGCCUCCUCGUCCUCCUCCAACAAGGGCGCGAACCAGAAGACCGGUCCAGGGCGAUGGAAGACGCCCAACACCCCACACGUCGUACCGCCACACUCGGUCCAGCAGCCGUCCCGCUCCGACCUGCCCCCGCCACCUCCUCCACCGCCGGCCGCUUACCCAGUGGCCUACGACCCGUACGACCCUCAGCCUGAGCUGCCGCUGCCGCCACCUCCCUCUGCUGCCGUCACACCCGCAGCGGCCCAGCAGGCCGCCGACCGCAAAAAGCGAGAGGAGCAGCAGCGCUGGUACGAGAAAGAAAAGGCUCGACUGGAUGAGGAAAGAGAGAGGAAGAGGAGGGAGCAGGAGAGGAAGUUGGGUCAGAUCCGGGCCAACCCCAUCAUGCCGGUGCAGCCUCACAAUGGUGGUUCGAUGCCGCCUCCUCACCACCAGCCUCCUCCUACGUCUGCAGCACCUCCUCAGUCUUACCCUCCUCCUCAGCCUCAGCCGCAACCUCCUUCAUCCAGACCAGAGAAGCUGUCCAGUCUGCCGCGGUCGGCUGUCCCUCCACCCGCCAGUGCCUCCACCCCUGCCGGAAUGGACACGGUGAUCAGGGAGCUGCUCCCGCAGCAGCAGCCGCGCACCAUCGAGCGACGUGACUUGCAGUACAUCACCAUCAGCAAGGAGGAGCUGGCGUCCAGCGACAGUCUGUCGCCAGACCCCUGGAAAAGGGACGCCCGUGAAAAGGCCGAGAAGCAGCAGCAGCUCCACAUCGUUGACCUCCUGGACAAGGAGAUCCAGGAGCUUCAGUCGAAACCAGAACGAACAGCAGAGGAGAGCGACCGGCUCAGGAAGCUCAUGCUGGAGUGGCAGUUCCAGAAGCGGCUGCAGGAGUCCAAGCAGAGCGACGAGGACGAUGAGGAGGAGGACGACGAGGACAUGGACACGGUGUUGAUCAUGCAGAGGCUGGAGGCCGAGAAGAGAGCCAGGCAGCAGACUGCUGUCCCAGCUAUCUCUGUUCUAGACUUGUUGCAGGACGAGGAGCGACGGCGUAAGCAGCAGCUGGAGGAGAUCCGUAAGCGGGAGGCGGAGGAGCGAGUGAAGCAGGAGGAGGAGCAGCGCAGAUGGAGGGAGGAGGAGAGAGCCAGACGAGAGACGGAGGAGAAGAGGAGACAGGAGGAAGAGUACUACACUCGCCUGGAGGCCGAGCGGCGCCGGCAGCACGAGGAGGCGGAGAGGAAGCUGCUGACGCCCGACGAACCGGCCGCCGGUCUGUACCGGCCGCCGCUGCCCCGGGACUACCACCCCCCCACUUCCCCAAACCCACCAACUCCUACUAACAACAACACACCCCCACCCCCACCACAGAGAAACACCUCCUACCUCAAAACCCAGGUGGUCUCCCCCGACACGCUCUACACCGCCAAGUUCGUCUCCUACGCAGGCGACGAGGAAGACGAGGAGGAAGGCAAGGAAACAACCAGAGCAGGGAUCGUUGGCGGCGGUGGGGCUAAGCUGACGGCGACCCGGAAGUCGUACGGCGACCUCCCGGCCACCGUCUCAGCCAACCACAGCAGGCCGCAGCCGCCACCUACUGCGCGCAAGCCCCGCCCCGUUUCAGACGGCAUCUUCCUGUCCAGCUCAUUCCAGCCGCCGCUCAGCAACAACAACUCCAACAGUACAGGCCCCCCCCUCCCUGCCAAACCCAGCUUUGUGCCCCCGCCAGGAGGCUUUAAAGGAUACAACUCGUACACUGGAAACUCCGCAGCCUUUGUAGGGACGGGAGACGUCUACAAGGACAAGUGGACAAGAAGCCAGGAGCAGGAGAACUCCGUUCCCGGUGCUCCGGAGAGUCUGACCUUUAAGGAGCGGCAGCGUCUCUUCUCCCAGGGGAAGGAAGUUUCCAACAAGGUGAAGGCGUCACGUAAACUGAUGGAGUUGGAGAACGAGCUCAACACCAAGUAGUAGUGCUGGCUCCCUCCGACCCCCGCCGCUCCACCCCCAC